AUGAAAGACUCAACAAAAUCUAAUUUGUAAACUCCAAAAAAAGAAGGAUUUACAAGAUAUGAUAAGACACCUUCCGCUAAAUAAAUGAUCUCUCCUAUUAGCGAGAAAAAAAUAAAUGCUGCAAUAAAUGAUAACUAAGCUAUUUUUAAAUCACCUAUGAUUGGCGGAAAUCGUUUAAUUACUGGAUAAAACUUGAGUGACUCCCCUAACUACUAGGGAUAUGAUGGCACUCCAUUCCAGCCUCUGUCUUUCCCAGGCGAAUAUCCUCCAAGCGACAUUCACUUUCAUAGCCCUUUUAAAAGAGACUUUACAAGCCUUGUUCAUCCAAUUAUCCACACUCAAAAUGCUUACCAUAAAUUAUAAUAAUAUACCAGCAACCCUUCAAGUCCAUUUUAAGAGAAAAAUAAUAUUCAUCAUCAUCAUCAACCUGAAUUCGUAUUGAAUAACUAUUUUUAAUAGCACGAAGAAACAGGAUAAGUGGAGAAUUAGAAUGGUGAAGAAUAAAAAAACACUGAAAAAUAAAAUAUAGAAACUGAUUUAAUUUUUAGCGAAUAGAAUGGUAUAAGCCUAUUAGCUUGUGAAACUUUAAUCAAGGAUGUUAGAGAUUAAGAACCUAAUGCAUCUGGAACUGUGAUAAUGAAAAAACCUAAAUUUAUAAUUGAAUUUGAAAAUGAGACUGAACUGUAAAAUUUUAAGGAAAGUGACGAAUUUAAGUAAUUAAUAAGUAAAAUAAACUUUUCAGAAAACUAUUUUCAAUUUGAAAUUCCCUCAAACGAGUAAAAUUUUAAUGGAAAAUCUUUGUUUAGUACAGGUUCUCGUUACUCUAAAAAAAGCUUCUCUUCUCAAAGAACCCCACCAUUUAAAGGCCAAAUUAGUAACAGAUAUAUAUCUCCCAAUCCUUAUUUCCAAUUUAUGAUGAAAAAAAAUCUUCCAUAUUAGUACUCAAUGAAUUCCUACUAUUACAGCUAAGAAAUGCCACCAUAAUCUAACUCUCCAAAUGUUAAAAAUAAUAUUUUGCAUAGAAAUUUAAAUCAUGAUACUAGAGUAGUUCCUAGAUAAGAUGGUCCUUUUGCUAGUAAUAAAUCAGCUUCUUUAGUUUAUUAAAAUAAGUAGUUAGGAAAGUUACUCUUUGAUAAUAAUCAUGAAAAAGAAAUAAGUGAUAAUGAAAAUUCAGACUCCUAAGAGCAAAUUAAGAAUGUAAACAAUAAGUCAAAAAAGCAAGAAGGCAGUAGCGAAGAUUAAUCACCAUAACAAGACUCUAAAUAUAAUUCAGUCUAAAAAUAAACUAGAAAAAUAUUAAAGGAAAAUGAUGAUAAAAAUGACAUAUUUGAAGACACAAAUACAAUUAAUUUCCCUUUAAAUGAAUAUUAAAAGCAAAGCCUUAAAGAUAAACAUAAAAAAAUCCAUAAUAAAGCAAACACCACUUUUCUUUAAUAACAAAUUUAAAAAAUUAAAAAAAGUGCUUCAUACUAAGAAUAAUCCCAAAAUGCAUCGUAAGAGAUGAAUGAAGAUAUUGAAGAAGUUUAACUUAAAAAUCCCAUCCUCCUUUCUUCUGCUAAAAGAAAAAUCGAAUAAUAAAACGAAACAUAAAACGAUCAAAUAAAUGAUAAGUCAGUUAAUCUUAACAGUUAUUCUUAAACUACUGCUAAAAAGGCUAGAUCUAUCUCAAAAAAUGAUAGUUCUCACUAAGAUAGCAUAAAUAAAAAAAGACGCCACUUUGAUACACCAAAUGUCAAGAAAAAUGAGUUUUCUACACCUUCAACUAAAAAAAAAUAUGAUUCACAACAAUAACAGUCAAAUCAAGAUUUAGUAUAAAAUAAAAAAUCCUCUUCUAAAAAUCAUUUAGACUCAAAAACUCAAAGUUCUAAAAAUAACAGAUCUCAAUAAUCAUAAUAAAAAUAAAAUGAGAAAAUGAAUAGCUUGGUUUCUGACUUUUCAAAUGAAGUUCAAAAUAAUUUAAAAAAUUAAGCUUAAUUUAAUAACGAAGAUGAUAACAAUCAUAGCCACAGUGAUCUUAUGUGUGACCAUGACCAUGACCAUGAACACCACCAAAGGAGUGAAUUAUAAGAUAGAGACAUGAUGGCUGAAGAUGAAGAUUUAAGGGAUGAUGAUGAUUUGUAAGAUGAAGAAAACAAUCUCUAAGAUAUAGAUGAAAACGACAAAAAGGAGUGUUGUGGUUGUAAGAAAACAAAGUGUUUGAAAUUAUACUGUGAAUGCUUCUAAGCAAUGAAAUACUGUGUUGGUACAAAUUGCUAAGGCUGUCUUAAUAAACCAGAAUACGAAGACUAGCGUAAGCAUGCCAUGGAACUUAUUCAACAAAGAAAUAGUAGUGCCUUUGAUCCAAAAGCUGAUAAAAGUGAUUAAUACUAUAAGAGUGAUAGUGGUACAAAGGCAAUUCACAGUAAAGGAUGCAAUUGUAAAAAAAGUGACUGCAGAAAGAAAUAUUGCGAGUGCUACUAAAUGGGUGCUAAGUGUACCCAUCUUUGCAAAUGCUACAACUGCAAAAAUAGACAUGAUUCAAACCCUCAUUACUUCAGUGGAAGUAAAUAAGGAAUGCCCAUACACUCUCUUUACAUAGACGGUGUUCCUUCUCAUAUUCCCCCUCCUCCUCUCCCUCAUUUAUUAGGAGUUCCACAUUAAUAUCCUUUUAGAGGAUCAAAUUAAGCACCACCUGUAAUCUUUUAAUAUCCUUCGAUGUACCAUCAUCAUCCUCACUCUAUUUAAAAUUAUGGAAUGUAUGAUAGCUGGAAUUAUUAUCAUCCUGAUUAUAAUAUUUAACGUCAGGGAGAAUCAUCUAAUAAUAACAGUAAUAAUCAAAAUUAAUAAGGAUAAUAAAAUGUAGAAUUUGAUAACACUCCAAGAUUUAACAGUAUCAAAAGAUAGUAACCUAUGUAUUAAAAAUCUAAUGUAUCUGUUAAAGAUUUUUAAAAUUCAGUAAUGGAAUGA